GUUCGGCAUUACCGGUGGAAGGGGAAAAGUAGGUUUUGGCAUUAGCAUUGCCGUCCUUGAACGCACCCCAGGUAUUCUGCACUGUAUUCUGUCAAGAAUGACAUCUCCCUUCUCCCUCUCCUUUUUCUCUCCAAGCAGUCCAAGCACCUGCAAAAAAAAUACAGCAGGACAAAAGUUUUUUUAGGAGUUUAAAAAUUGGUUCGAUUCGUUCUAUUGGUUCGGAAGGAUAGAAUCAGUGAGGAGGGGUCAGGAGUUGGCGCAGUACGCAGAGCCGAGUGACUCAACAAACAGCAAAUUUCAAUCGUCUCCCACCUGAAGGAAGGUGAAGGCUUUUAACAAGUAUUUUAACCGUUAUAUUGUUUCAUAUGUGUAAAAUUUUACAAUCAAAUCUGCUCCCCUGAACAAGUUAGAGAUGGGGGACUCUUUGGAGGGGACUGAAAAUACUCCCGAAACCCAAAACGUGGCCCUUGUGGAUUUUACAGCCUUUACAAACUUUAUCUUGAAGGCUGCGACCAUCUUACUUCCCGAGGACGACUCUCAAGCCGAGCCCCAACACUUGGUGACUGCUCUGGAUGAUAAAGCCAAUCAGGAAUGCAUCAAGAAGUUUAUUUCUGAUCCUCAAGUUACUACUUUGUACGUUCAGAGACAUUCAUCUAAAGAGGAUGACACAGAUCAACCACCAGAAGGCGAAGAAGAAAAAGAACCGGUCGUGUAUUAUGUCAGCAAUGAGGUUCAUUAUUCCAGCUCCAAAAUGUCGAGCCUGGUUUGUAUUAAACGGAGUGCCGUAGUAGAGGCUGAUAAGAGUAUUCGUGCUCAGGUGCGUAUGCUCAACUUUAGUGAAGGUUCCCCCUACGAAAUUCUCCACGAUUAUGUUAGCAAAAGUGUAGCCCCAUUUUUCAAAUCUUAUGUUAAAGAAUCUGGCAGAGCUGAUAGGGAUGGUGACAAGAUGGCACCUUCAGUAGAAAAAACAAUAGCCGAGCUAGAAAUGGGCCUGUUACAUUUACAACAAAACAUUGAUAUUCCUGAAAUCACUUUGCAAGUACAUCCCUAUGUGGCUACCCUUAUUAAACAAUGUGCUGAUGAGGGUCGCAAGCCGAAAGUUUCAGAUUUCAGUGAUAAAGUUGAAGACUCAAACUUUUUAAACCAGCUGCAACAUGGUGUUAAUAGGUGGAUUAAGGAAAUUCAAAAAGUAACCAAACUUGAUAGGGAUCCGUCUUCAGGCACUGCCCUACAGGAAAUCAGUUUUUGGUUGAAUUUAGAAAGGGCUUUGCAUAGAAUACAAGAAAAACGUGAAAGCUUAGAAGUGUCCCUUACUUUGGACAUUUUAAAACAUGGUAAACGUUUUCACGCAACUGUAUCAUUUGAUACCGAUACUGGUUUAAAACAAGCAAUUGCCACUGUGAAUGACUACAAUCCUUUAAUGAAAGAUUUCCCUAUUAAUGAUCUUUUAUCUGCUACUGAACUUGAACGAAUUAGGGCAGCGGUACAGCUUAUUUUUGCCCAUUUUCGUAAAGUAAGAUCUACCAAGUACCCAAUUCAAAGAUGUCUGAGACUUGUUGAAGCCAUUUCCAGAGAUUUAGGCGCUCAACUGCUGAAAGUUUUGGGAACCAGACGACUCAUGCAUAUACCUUUUGAUGAAUUUGAAAAAGUAAUGAUUCAAUGCUUUGAAGUGUUUUCCAUUUGGGAGGACGAAUAUGAGAAGUUACAGGCCCUACUAAGGGACAUAAUGAAAAAGAAACGCGACGAACACAUGAAAAUGGUUUGGCGCAUUUCAGCUCAGCACAAGAAACUUCAGAGUCGCAUGGAGCAAAUGCGUAAAUUCCGUAGGCAGCAUGAACAACUUGGAACUGUUAUAGUGAGAGUUUUAAGACCGACUAUAAGAGAAAGUGCUGUGACUCUUGAAGGUGAAAAUAUGGAACCACCAAAACCUACUUUUUCAUUGGAUGCAGCUGAUGCAAAUGCUAUUGAGGAAGUAAAUCUGGCCUAUGAAAACGUCAAAGAAGUUGACUGCCUAGAUAUCUCAAAAGAAGGCCAAGAUGCCUGGGAUGCUGCAGUCCAACGCUAUGAAGAACGUAUUGAUCGUGUUGAAACUCGUAUUACGGCCCAUCUGAGAGAUCAAUUAGGAACAGCUAAAAAUGCCAAUGAAAUGUUUAGAAUUUUCUCAAGGUUUAAUGCUUUGUUUGUGAGGCCUCAUAUCAGAGGUGCUAUUCGAGAAUACCAAACUCAUUUAAUCCAAAGAGUCAAAGAUGAUAUUGAUGCUUUACAUGAGAAAUUUAAGGUGCCAUUUUCUCAAAGUAACAGUGCUAAAAUAAGCAAAGAUCGUGACGUUCCGCCAGUGGCCAGCUAUAUUUUGUGGCUGAAACAAAUUGAUCAUCAGUUGACCACUUAUCUGAGACGUGUGGAAGAUGUUUUAGGUAAAGGUUGGGAAAAUCAUAUAGAAGGCCAAAAACUAAAGGCAGAUGGCGACAGUUUCCGUUUAAAACUGAAUACAGAUGAAAUUUUUGAUGAAUGGGCUCGUAAUGUGCAGCAAAGAAACUUGGGCGUUUCUGGGAGGAUAUUUACUACAGAUCAAGUCAGAUCGAAAAAUGGUAGAAGUAACGUGUUCAAACUCAAAGUGAACUUUUUGCCUGAGAUUAUCACCCUGGCCAAAGAAGUGCGCAAUUUGAAGUGUCUAGGCUACAGAGUGCCAUUAGCUAUAGUUAAUAAAGCCCAUCAAGCUAAUCAACUGUAUCCAUUUGCCAUAUCUCUGAUAGAAAGUGUGAAAACUUAUGAAAUGACAUUGGAAAAGAUUGAAGGUAAAGCAAGCAUUGUCCCGCUAGUGGCCAGCAUGAGAAAAGAAGUCCAAAGCCUAAUAAAAGAAGGCGAAUCUUUAGUAUGGGAGAGCUAUAAACUCGACCCUUAUGUAAAGAAAUUUUCCGAAACAAUCGUAGGUUUCCAAGAAAAAGUCGAAGAACUAGUUAUCAUUGGUGAGCAACUAGAAGUCGACGUGAGAUCAUUGGAAACUUGUCCAUAUUCAGCCAAUACGUUCGCGGAUAUACUUUCAAAAAUCCAACAUGCAGUUGAUGAUUUAUCUCUAAAACAAUACUCAAAUUUGCACAUUUGGGUGAACAGAUUAGACGAAGAAGUCGAAAAAGUCCUAGCCCGUCGUUUACAAGCAGGUAUUGAAGCUUGGACUGAUGCACUAGCAGGAACUAAACAAAAUAUCGAUCACAGUAUGGAUACUGACGCUCCUAUUCAGCCCACUCAUAAACCAGGCGGUGAUCCACAAAUCCAAACAAUGAUACAUGAAGUAAGAAUAACCAAUCAAACUAUGUACCUAUACCCCAGCAUCGAAGAGGCUAGAUUCCAGAUUAUGCAACAACUAUUUGCUUGGGAGGCUAUUGUAACGUCCCAGUUGAGACUGCAAAGCAGCAGAUACCAAGUUGGUAUUGAAAAGCCUGUAACAGAAUCCUAUAGAACUAUUUUAACUAAACUUCCUGGUGGUUCCCAACCAAUGAACAGCGCUUAUAGUGCUAUUGCUAGUAGAAUCAAAGAGGUUCAGAAAUAUGUUAAUCAGUGGCUAACUUAUCAAGCUUUGUGGGAUCUGCAAGCUGACACUUUAUAUGGUCAGUUGGGUGAAGAUAUUGGUAAAUGGAUGAGGUGUCUCAACGAUAUAAAAACCACAAGAUCAACUUUCGAUACUUCAGACACUCGUCGUGAAUUUGGUCCCAUUGUUAUUGACUUUGCCAAAGUGCAAAGUAAAGUUUCUCUUAAAUAUGACUCGUGGCACAAGGAGACUCUAAGCAAAUUUGGCAGUUUGCUUAGCAAUGAUAUGGCAACUUUCCACAGUAAUGUCUCCAAGUCCAGGUCGGAUUUGGAACUGCAAAGCAUUGAAGCUGCUAGUACUUCCGAUGCUGUUACUUUCAUUACUUAUGUGCAACAAUUGAAGAGAAACAUGAAGCAGUGGGAGAAGCAAGUAGAGAUUUAUAGAGAGGGACAGAGGAUUUUGGAACGUCAGCGUUUUCAAUUCCCAACUAAUUGGUUGCAUGUCGAAAACUUGGAAGGAGAAUGGGGGGCUUUUAAUGAAAUUAUUAAGCGCAAAGAUUCCUCAAUUCAGACUCAAGUUUCUAGCUUGCAACAAAAGAUUGUUUCUGAAGAUAAAGCUGUUGAAAGUAGAACCUAUGAUUUCUUGGGUGAUUGGGAAAAGAGCAAACCCGUCGAAGGACACCUAAGGCCUGAUGAAGCACUUUCUCAGCUACAACUUUUCGAAAGUAAAUUUGCUCGCCUCAAAGAAGAGAGGGACAAUGUGGCCAAAGCCAAAGAAGCUCUUGAACUACAAGAACCUGGCGGUAUCAGCACUAGCGAAGACAAAAUGCAAGUGGUUUAUGAAGAAUUGCAAGAUUUGAGAGGCGUUUGGUCUGAAUUAUCGAAAAUAUGGCAACAAAUUGAUGAGACUAGAGAGAAACCAUGGUUGUCUGUCCAACCCAGAAAGCUCCGUCAACAACUGGACCAAAUGUCCACUCAACUCAAAGAGCUUCCAGCCAGGCUUCGUCAAUAUGCCUCCUAUGAAUAUGUCAAGAAGACCCUCCAAACCUACACCAAAGUCAAUAUGCUUAUUGUAGAACUAAAAUCUGAUGCCCUCAAAGAACGUCACUGGAAACAGCUGAUGAAACAACUCCGUGUUAAUUGGGUUUUAAGCGAUUUGAAUCUCGGGCAAGUUUGGGACGUGAAUUUACAAAAAAACGAAUCAAUUGUUAAAGACAUCAUUUUGGUGGCUCAAGGGGAGAUGGCGCUUGAAGAGUUCUUGAAACAAGUAAGAGAAUCUUGGCAAACAUACGAGUUGGAUUUGAUCAAUUAUCAGAAUAAGUGCAAAUUGAUUCGUGGGUGGGAUGAUCUUUUCAAUAAAGUAAAAGAACAUAUUAAUUCUGUGGCUGCAAUGAAGCUUUCACCUUACUAUAAAGUGUUUGAAGAAGAAGCACUUACAUGGGAAGAGAAACUAAAUAGGAUUAAUGGCCUAUUUGAUGUUUGGAUUGAUGUGCAACGAAGAUGGGUCUAUUUGGAAGGGAUUUUCUCGGGAAGCGCUGAUAUUAAGACUUUACUGCCUGUUGAAACUUCUAGGUUCCAAAGCAUAAGCUCAGAAUUUUUAGGGUUAAUGAAAAAAGUCAGCAAGUCUCCUAUGGUUAUGGAUGUAUUGAAUAUUCCUGGUGUUCAACGAGCCCUGGAACGUCUUGCAGAUCUAUUAGGUAAAAUUCAAAAAGCUCUUGGUGAGUAUUUGGAAAGGGAAAGAACAUCGUUCCCUCGCUUUUACUUUGUUGGUGACGAAGAUUUAUUAGAAAUAAUUGGCAACAGCAAGAAUAUUGCCAGACUUCAAAAACACUUUAAAAAAAUGUUUGCCGGAGUGGCGUCCAUUAUCCUGAAUGAAGAUAACACGAUUAUAACUGGUAUAGCUUCUAGAGAGGGCGAAGAAGUAUUUUUCCGAGCUCCAGUUUCCACUGUGGAACAUCCGAAAAUCAACGAGUGGCUUUCGUUAGUCGAAAAAGAAAUGCGUGUAACUUUAGCUUCCAGCCUAGCGCAAGCAGUGCAAGAUAUUAAGCAAUUCAAAGACGGAAUUGAUCCUAAAUUGUUUAUGGAGUGGUGCGAUAAGUAUCAGGCGCAAAUUGUCGUUUUGGCUGCUCAGAUAUUUUGGAGUGAGGAUGUUGAAGCAGCAUUAACUAAGAUGAAUGGCGAGCCUCAAAAAGGACCCCUAGAAAAAGUGUUGCAACAAGUGGAAAACACCCUAAACGUUUUAGCUGAUUCGGUACUCCAAGAACAACCUCAACUUAGACGCAAAAAACUCGAACAUCUUAUCAACGAAUUUGUUCACAAAAGAACAGUUACCAGAAAACUUGUCUCCAGUGGCGUGUGCAGUAAUAAAACUUUUGAAUGGCUUUGCCAAAUGAGAUUCUAUUUUGACCCACGUCAAGCAGAUGUUCUAAAACAACUCACCAUUCACAUGGCAAAUGCUAGAUUCUACUAUGGCUUUGAAUAUCUUGGAGUUCAAGACAGAUUAGUACAAACUCCAUUGACUGACCGAUGCUAUUUGACAAUGACCCAAGCUCUGGAAGCAAGAUUGGGUGGAUCACCUUUCGGUCCAGCCGGAACCGGUAAAACUGAAUCUGUAAAAGCCUUAGGAAAUCAACUAGGUCGUUUUGUGUUGGUAUUCAAUUGCGACGAAACCUUUGAUUUCCAAGCGAUGGGAAGGAUUUUCGUUGGUUUAUGUCAAGUGGGAGCCUGGGGAUGUUUUGACGAGUUUAACAGAUUGGAAGAAAGAAUGUUGUCGGCCGUUUCACAGCAAAUUCAAACUAUUCAAGAGGCGCUCAAGAGCCAGAAGGAGAGCAGUGAACAAUCUGGGCAACAAACAGGAAGUAUUAGUGUUGAGUUGGUAGGAAAACAAGUUCGGGUAUCGCAUGAUAUGGCUAUAUUUAUCACAAUGAAUCCAGGAUAUGCGGGCAGAUCAAAUUUGCCUGAUAAUUUGAAGAAGCUUUUUAGAUCUUUGGCUAUGACAACGCCAGACAGACAACUUAUUGCAGAAGUUAUGUUGUUUUCUCAAGGUUUCAGAACUGCUGAGAAAUUGGCUUGUAAAAUUGUCCCAUUCUUCAAAUUAUGUGAUGAACAACUUUCUAAUCAAUCCCAUUACGAUUUUGGAUUGCGUGCAUUAAAAUCUGUUCUGAUAUCUGCUGGUAACGUUAAAAGAGAUCGUAUUCAAAGAAUUAAAGAAGGAAUGACCCAAAGGGGUGAAACUAAUAUUGAUGAAGCUAGCAUAGCUGAAAAUCUACCUGAACAGGAAAUUUUGAUUCAAUCAGUAUGUGAAACUAUGGUUCCCAAAUUAGUGGCUGAAGAUAUACCGUUGUUGUUUAGUUUGUUGAAUGACGUAUUCCCUAAUGUACAAUAUACUAGAGCUGAAAUGAAAGGUCUUAAGGAUGAAAUUAGGAAAGUAUGCGUUGAGGAGUAUUUGGUUUGCGGCGAAGGAGACGAACAAGGUUCUGCUUGGAUGGAGAAGAGGGACACCUGGUUAGCAAAGGUUCUCCAACUUUAUCAAAUCUGCAACUUAAACCACGGUCUCAUGAUGGUUGGGCCUAGUGGUUCAGGCAAAAGUACCGCUUGGAGAGUUCUUCUCAAGGCGCUGGAACGUUUCGAGGGUGUUGAAGGCGUGGCGCACGUAAUCGAUCCUAAGGCUAUCAGCAAAGAAGCUCUGUAUGGAGUUCUGGAUCCAAAUACUAGAGAGUGGACUGAUGGUUUGUUUACACAUAUACUCAGAAAAAUUAUUGAUAAUGUAAGAGGAGAAAUCAACAAACGUCAAUGGAUUAUAUUCGACGGCGACGUAGAUCCAGAGUGGGUAGAAAACUUAAACUCUGUACUUGAUGACAAUAAAUUACUCACUCUACCAAACGGUGAACGUUUGUCUUUGCCUCCCAAUGUUAGAGUAAUGUUUGAGGUUCAAGACUUGAAAUAUGCCACUCUCGCUACAGUAUCUCGUUGCGGUAUGGUUUGGUUCUCCGAAGACGUUUUAUCUACAGAAAUGAUAUUUGAAAAUUUCAAUUUGCGUCUCAAAAAUAUCCCAUUAGAAGAAGAUGAUAGUUUUGGAAAGAAACAACUUGACAAUAAAGAAGACCACAUAUCGCCCACAUUGCAAGUGCAACAAGAUGUUGCCAGUCUACUCCAGCCCUACUUACAACCUGACGGUUUGGUUAUAAGAUGUUUAGAACAUGCUAUGGAACAGGAACAUAUUAUGGACUUUACACGGCUCAGAGCUCUCAGUUCCUUGUUUUCGAUGUUGAAUCAAAGCGUUAGAAAUGUCUUGGCCUAUAACCACUCACACAUCGACUUUCCUCUGCCUUACGAAACCCUAGAACGUUACAUACCCAAAUGUCUAGUCUACGCCGUCUUAUGGAGCUUUGCCGGAGAUGCCAAACUUAAAGUCCGAUCUGAACUAGGAGAUUUUGCACGAUCUAUCACUACAGUGCCACUACCUCCAGACAGCAACAUGCCCAUAAUCGAUUAUGAAGUCACCAUCGAAGGUGAAUGGGCACCGUGGUCCAAUAAAGUACCACAAAUUGAAGUCGAAACUCACAAAGUGGCUUCACCUGAUAUUGUUGUGCCCACUCUAGAUACUGUACGUCACGAAUCGCUUUUAUAUACUUGGUUGGCUGAACAUAAGCCUCUGGUACUUUGUGGUCCGCCUGGUUCAGGUAAAACCAUGACCUUAUUCUCAGCUCUAAGAGCCUUGCCCGACAUGGAAGUUGUGGGUCUUAAUUUCUCUUCGGCCACAACCCCAGAGCUUCUAUUAAAAACCUUUGAUCAUUAUUGCGAAUACAGAAAAACACCAAACGGUGUGGUACUCGCACCAGUACAGCUAGGCAAAUGGCUAGUACUAUUUUGUGACGAAAUCAAUUUACCUGAUAUGGACAAUUACGGCACUCAAAGGGUUAUUAUGUUUUUGCGUCAAAUUGUAGAACAAAAAGGUUUUUAUAGGGCCUCAGAUCAAACCUGGGUAUCUUUGGAACGUAUCCAGUUUGUUGGCGCUUGUAAUCCGCCCACUGAUCCUGGAAGAAAACCACUUUCGCACAGAUUCUUACGGCACGUGCCUGUAAUCUAUGUAGAUUAUCCAGGAGAAACUUCCCUGAAGCAAAUUUACGGCACCUUCACAAGAGCCAUGCUUCGACUAACACCAGGACUCAAAGGCUAUGCAGAACCUCUCACCAAUGCCAUGGUGGAAUUCUAUUUGGCAUCACAAGACAGAUUUACGCAAGACAUGCAACCUCAUUAUGUGUAUUCGCCUCGUGAGAUGACACGUUGGGUUAGAGGUAUUUGUGAAGCUAUUAGGCCACUCGAUUCGCUCAGUGUAGAAGGUUUAGUGCGUCUUUGGGCUCACGAAGCUCUAAGACUAUUCCAAGAUCGUUUAGUUGAAAAUUCCGAACGCCAAUGGACUAAUGAAAAUAUUGAUUCAGUUGCCUUGAAACACUUCCCUUCGGCAAAUUGUGAAAGAGCUCUUGAAAGGCCUAUUUUGUACAGUAACUGGUUGUCUAAAGAUUAUAUUCCUGUUGAGAGGGAGCAGCUUAGAGAGUAUGUUAAAGCUAGGCUCAAAGUGUUUUAUGAGGAAGAGUUGGAUGUGCCUUUGGUGUUGUUUGAUGAAGUUUUGGAUCACGUUUUAAGGAUUGAUAGGAUAUUUAGACAGCCUCAAGGGCAUUUGCUGCUAAUUGGUGUGUCUGGAGCUGGUAAAACGACUCUGUCCCGAUUUGUAGCCUGGUUAAAUGGAUUGUCUAUUUUCCAAAUCAAGGUUCAUAAUAAAUACACUGGUGACGAUUUCGAUGAAGAUUUGAGGUCAGUGCUACGCAGAUCGGGAUGUAGAGACGAAAAAAUUGCCUUUAUUUUGGAUGAAUCAAACAUGUUAGAUUCAAGCUUUUUGGAAAGAAUGAACACUUUAUUGGCCAAUGGUGAAGUGCCUGGGUUGUUUGAAGGUGAUGAAUAUACCACGUUGAUGACUCAGUGUAAAGAAGGUGCACAAAGAGAAGGCCUUAUGCUGGACUCAAGUGACGAACUGUACAAAUGGUUCACUCAACAAGUAAUGCGUAAUUUGCAUGUUGUCUUCACAAUGAAUCCUUCUACUGAUGGUCUUAAGGACAGGGCUGCCACAUCGCCAGCCUUGUUCAACAGAUGUGUGCUAAAUUGGUUUGGAGAUUGGUCAGAUGGUGCUUUGUAUCAAGUUGGUAAAGAGUUUACAAAUCGGUUGGACUUGGACAGACCAACAUGGAAAUCGCCUGACUUCUUCCCAGCUUCUUGCAAGUUUGUACCAGCAACCCCCAACCAUAGAGAAGCUGUUAUCAAUGCUUGCGUCUAUGUUCAUCAAACACUUCAUAAAGCAAAUGUAAGAUUGGCUAAGCGAGGUGGACGAACUAUGGCAAUCACACCGAGACACUACCUAGAUUUCAUUCACCACUUUGUCAAACUACACAACGAAAAACGUUCCGACUUGGAAGAGCAACAGUUACAUCUUAACGUCGGUUUGAACAAGAUCGCCGAGACUGUAGAGCAAGUGGAAGAAAUGCAAAAAAGUUUGGCAGUCAAAUCUCGAGAGUUGCAAGCCAAAAACGAGGCGGCAAACGCUAAACUGAAACAGAUGGUCAAGGAUCAACAAGAGGCGGAAAAGAAAAAGGUCCAGAGUCAGGAAAUUCAACAGCAAUUAGCUCAACAAACUGUGCACAUUGAACAGAAACGUACAGAGGUUAUGGCGGAUUUGGCUCAGGUUGAACCUGCUGUUAUUGAUGCACAAACUGCCGUAAAGUCGAUCAAAAAGCAACAACUGGUCGAGAUCCGUUCUAUGGCGAACCCACCGGCUAUUGUAAAGUUAGCACUCGAAUCAAUUUGUCUGUUGCUUGGUGAAAAUGCAAGCGAGUGGAAGUCUAUACGUGCCGUGAUCAUGCGCGACAAUUUCAUCAACACGGUCGUCAACAAUUUCAACACUGAAGACAUUAGUGAUGAUGUUCGCGAUAAAAUGAAAGCCAAAUACCUCAGCAAUCCUGACUACAACUUCGAAAAAGUCAAUCACGCGAGUAACGCUUGCGGCCCUCUAGUAAAAUGGGCAAUGGCUCAAAUCCAGUACGCUGACAUGUUGAAAAAAGUAGAACCCUUGCGUCAAGAAUUAGAUUCGUUGGAAACUCAAGCUGAAACCAACAAGUUACGGGGUGAAGAAGUCAAAAACCUCAUCAGCCAAUUAGAACAAAGUAUAGCUUCUUACAAAGAAGAAUAUGCGCAAUUGAUUGCUCAAGCGCAAGCUAUUAAAACUGACUUGGAAAAUGUGCAAGCUAAAGUCGACAGAUCAAUUGCACUCUUAAAAUCCUUGGUUAUUGAACGAGAACGUUGGGAAGCUACCAGUGAAACCUUCAGAGCCCAAAUGUCAACUAUUGUAGGUGAUGUCCUCUUAUCUGCAGCAUUUAUAGCUUACGGAGGUUACUUUGAUCAACAUUAUCGUCAGAAUUUGUUUACAACCUGGUGUCAGCACUUGACCCAAGCCGCCAUACAAUACAGGGCUGAUAUUGCAAGAACUGAAUAUCUGUCUAAUCCAGACGAAAGACUUAGAUGGCAAGCCAACGCUCUACCUUCGGACGACUUGUGCACUGAAAAUGCUAUCAUGCUGAAAAGAUUCAAUAGGUAUCCGCUUAUUAUUGAUCCAUCAGGCCAGGCCACUGAGUUUAUAAUGAAUGAAUAUAAGGACAAAAAAAUAACAAAAACUAGCUUCCUGGAUGAUUCGUUUAGGAAAAAUUUGGAAUCUGCUCUUCGGUUUGGUAACCCACUUCUAGUCCAAGACGUUGAAAAUUACGAUGCCAUAUUAAAUCCUGUAUUGAACAGAGAACUGCGAAGAACUGGAGGACGUGUCUUGAUAACACUAGGAGACCAAGACAUCGAUUUGUCACCAUCCUUUAUCAUAUUCCUCUCCACACGGGAUCCUACAGUAGAAUUUCCUCCAGAUAUUUGCUCUAGGGUAACAUUUGUUAACUUCACAGUUACAAGAAGCUCAUUGCAAAGUCAGUGCUUGAAUCAAGUACUAAAAGCCGAAAGGCCUGAUAUUGACGCUAAACGCUCAGAUUUGCUUAAAUUACAAGGUGAAUUCCAUUUGAGGUUGAGGCAGUUGGAAAAAUCUUUGUUGCAAGCGCUUAAUGAUGCCAAAGGGAAGAUUUUGGAUGAUGACAGUGUCAUUACGACUUUAGAGACUUUGAAAAAAGAGGCCGCAGAAAUUGGACAAAAAGUUGAGGAAACUGACAAGGUCAUUUCCGAGAUUGAAACUGUGUCCCAACAAUAUCUGCCUUUAUCACAAGCUUGCAGUAACACUUACUUUACCAUGGACAGUCUCAAUCAAGUCCACUUCUUGUACCAGUACUCCUUGCAAUUUUUCCUGGACAUGUUUAACAGCGUCCUGUUAAUCAACCCUAAGCUAGAUGGACUUUCUGAUUACCAACAAAGACUCAACAUUAUUACAACUGAUUUGUUCCAAGCAGUCUACGAAAGAAUUGCCAGAGGCAUGUUGCACAACGACAGGAUGACAUUCGCAAUUCUUCUAUGUAGAAUUUGCCUUAAAGGUCUUCCUAAUGAGCCAAAUUUCGAUCAAGAAUUCAGUUUCUUUUUGAGGGCCAAGGAAGGCCUUUUGAGUUCUUUUACCGGACCUGUUGUGGAUGGUCUCAAUUCGGAACAACAAGAAGCCCUAACAAGAUUAUCACUCCGGUUGCCCGCUUUCAAAAAACUGCCGGAAAAGAUCAAAGAGAUGCCCGAAUUUGGUGCGUGGCUUCAACAAAGCGCUCCGGAACAAGCCGUUCCGCGUCUGUGGUUGGAAGAAAAGCAACUGAGUCCCAUCGGUAUUGCCAUGUAUCAACUAUUGGUGAUUCAAGCUUUCAGGCCGGACAGGAUUAUUGCUGCUGGGGCGUUGUUUGUAGCCGCUGUUAUGGGGGUCGACUUUAUGGCUGCUGCUGAGAAAGAAAUCGAUUUUGGUGUUAUCAUUGAAAAAGAAAUUAAAGCAAGCGUUCCAGUCCUAUUAUGCUCAGUACCUGGAUUCGACGCAUCCAGUCGUGUUGACGAUCUAGCAGCCGAACUGAACAAACCCAUAUCGAGCAUCGCUAUUGGUUCGGCCGAAGGUUUCAAUCAAGCCGACCGCGCCAUCAACAUGGCCUGCAAAACCGGCAGAUGGGUCAUACUGAAAAACGUCCACUUGGCACCGCAAUGGCUGGUGCAACUAGAAAAAAAAUUGCACUCUCUUCAACCCCACGCCAGCUUCAGACUGUACCUUACCAUGGAAAUUAAUCCAAAAUUACCUGUGAAUCUUUUGAGGGCCGGAAGAAUAUUUGUAUUCGAACCACCGCCAGGCAUUAAGGCUAAUUUGCUGAGGACUUUCAGUACUGUGCCAGCAAGUAGAAUGAUGAAAGCACCCAACGAACGUGCCAGGUUGUAUUUCUUGCUCGCUUGGUUCCAUGCUAUAGUACAAGAAAGACUGAGAUACUGUCCAUUGGGUUGGGCCAAAUACUAUGAGUUUAGUGAGAGCGAUUUAAGAGUGGCUUGCGACACUUUGGAUACUUGGAUUGAUGCUACUGCAAUGGGUAGGACUAAUUUGCCCCCAGAAAAAGUACCGUGGGAUGCUUUAGUUACGCUCUUGUCCCAAUCAAUUUACGGUGGCAAAAUCGAUAAUGCUUUCGAUCAAAGACUGUUACAGUCAUUCCUCAAUAAACUAUUCACGUCCAGGAGUUUUGAAGCUGAUUUUGCUUUAGUUGCCAAUAUAGACAAUGGGCCAAAUGGUAACAGGCACAUUACCAUGCCGGAUGGUACUAGAAGAGAUCAUUUCUUGAAGUGGAUUGAAAGUUUAGCCGACAGACAAACUCCUGCUUGGCUGGGUUUACCUAAUAACGCGGAAAAAGUACUUUUGACUACUCGCGGUACUGAUUUGAUAAGUAAGUUGCUCAAAAUGCAACAGUUGGAAGACGACGAUGAGUUGGCUUAUAAAAUGGAUGAAUCGUCACCGACAGAUCCGAACGCCCAAAUUGAUGGUAGACCUUCUUGGAUGAAAACGUUGCAUAAUUCUGCGCUCACUUGGCUUCAACUUUUGCCCAAAACUCUACAGAUUCUAAGGAGAACCGUUGAAAAUAUUAAAGACCCACUCUACAGGUACUUUGAACGAGAAGUCAACUCAGCUUCGAAGCUUUUGCUUGAUGUUAUUCACGAUUUGAAUGAUGUCUUACUAAUUUGUCAGGGCGAAAAGAAACAAACCAAUUACCAUCGUACAAUGCUAAGUGAAUUAGUGAGAGGCAUAAUUCCAGCCAAUUGGCACCGUUACACUGUCCCCAAGGGUUGUACAGUCAUCCAGUGGAUUACUGACUUUAGCCAGAGAAUCAAGCAACUACAACAAAUAUCACAAGUUGUAUCCAGUUCGGGUGCAAAAGAAUUGCAAAGUUUUCCAGUUUGGCUAGGAGGCCUGCUAAAUCCUGAAGCCUGGAUUACAGCCACAAGACAAUGUGUUGCGCAAGCAAAUAGUUGGUCACUCGAAGAGCUUCAGUUGGAUGUUACCAUUAUGGAUUCCCACGAUACUGCGAUGAUUCCUCAUGAUUGUUUUGCUGUUGUUGGGUUGAAACUGCAAGGCGCUCAAUGCAAAAAUAACCAACUGUUGCUUACGUCGAGCAUUAUGUCUGAAUUGCCGAUAACUCUUCUUCGUUGGGCCAAAACUCAAGAGGAUAAAUCGGGAAGUAAAUUGUCUUUGGCUGUUUAUUUGAAUUCUACAAGGACCGAGCUGCUUUAUACUGUAGAUCUUAAUAUAGCUCCUGGGCAGGAUCAACAUAGCUUUUAUGAGAGAGGCGUUGCUUUGCUUACAUCUACUUCUUUGAAUUAAUAUUCAUAAAUUUAAUGUUUUUUGUGUUACUAAAUUAUUUUUAAAUUAAGAAUUUAAUGUAUUUUGUGUUUUUUUUUUCUUGUAUUUCUACUCUGUAUUGUUAUCAAUAUCCUUGCUUUCACUAUGAAAACAUAAUAUUAUGUACUCAAAUAUAUUAAAAAACUUACAUGCUAUAGUCUGAA